UUCACUUCGUCASUGGUUCUUUGUGGAGCCUUCGUCUAGGGGUUUACUGCAUUUCUUAGGUUAUUUCCGCACUUAUCUCAAUGUCUGAUCAAGUGAAGAAAGAAGAUCCGUCCAGUUUGUACGUUAUCAAACGAAAUGGAGAACCUCAGCCAAUUUAUUUAGACAAGAUAACUUCAAGAAUCGAAAAACUKUGCUAUGGUUUAAAAAAUGAAUUUGUUGAACCGAUCAACAUUACUAUUAAAGCUAUAAAGGGUAUCUAUAAAGGAGUCAAGACAACUGAACUGGACACUCUUGCUGCAGAAAUUGCAGCAUCCAUGACUACAAAGCAUCCUGACUAUGCAUUGUUAGCAGCUAGAAUUGAAGUAUCAAACUUACACAAAGAAACCAAAAAACAAUUCAGUGAUGUCAUGGAGGACUUGUACAACUACAUAAACCCAAAGAAUGRCAAGCAUUCCCCAUUAGUGUCAAAGCAGUUAAAUGACAUUGUGCAAAAAUAUGCUGAUAAACUUAAUUCUGCUAUCAUCUAUGACCGUGAUUACCAUUAUAAUUAUUUUGGAUUCAAGACAUUGAGUAGAUCAUACCUGCUAAAGAUCAAUGGCAAAGUUGCUGAACGUCCACAGCAUAUGCUGAUGAGAGUCGCUGUUGGUAUCCAUGGUGAAGAUAUUGAUGCUGCCAUUGAGACAUACAAUCUUUUAUCUGAGAAAUGGUUCACUCAUGCAUCACCAACACUGUUUAAUGCUGGUACUUGCAGACCACAGAUGUCUAGCUGUUUCUUGUUGACCAUGUCUGAUGACAGCAUUGAAGGCAUCUAUGAGACUCUCAAGACAUGUGCACUGAUCUCAAAGAAUGCUGGUGGAAUUGGGCUCAACAUUCAUAACAUUCGUGCAAGUGGGAGCUACAUUGCUGGGACCAAUGGAGUGUCYAAUGGAAUAGUCCCUCUUUUGAGGGUCUAUGACAGCACUGCAAGAUAUGUUGACCAAGGUGGAAACAAGAGACCAGGUGCUUUUGCUAUCUACCUAGAACCUUGGCAUGCUGAUAUCAUGGAGUUUCUUGACCUUAAGAAGAACACAGGGAAAGAGGAACAGCGUGCCAGGGAUCUAUUCUAUGCCUUGUGGGUACCUGACUUGUUCAUGAAGAGAGUAGAGGAAGAUAAGGUGUGGAGCUUGAUGUGUCCAAAUGAUUGUCCUGGUUUACAGGAUAGUUAUGGUGAGGAGUUUGAAGAACUCUAUACAAGAUAUGAAAAAGAAGGAAAGUUUAUUCGACAAAUCCAAGCACAGAAGUUGUGGUUCUCAAUCCUAGAGGCUCAAAUAGAAACUGGUACACCAUACAUGUUGUAUAAAGACUCMUGCAAUAGAAAAAGUAACCAGAAGAAUCUUGGUACAAUCAAAUGCAGUAAUCUAUGUACAGAAAUAGUAGAAUACACCAGCCCUGAUGAGGUUGCUGUCUGUAAUUUGGCAUCWGUAGCACUGAACAGAUUUGUUAACACUGACAAAACACCCCCAGAAUUUGAUUUCAGGAAACUGUUUGAAGUCACUCAGGUUGUGACUUGCAAUUUGAAUAAGAUAAUUGACAUCAACUACUAUCCAGUCCCACAGGCUAGAACAUCUAAUAUGAGGCACAGACCCAUUGGUAUUGGUGUACAAGGUCUUGCCGAUGCAUUUAUUCUUAUGAGAUAUGCUUUUGAAAGUAAAGAAGCACAAGAUCUCAAUCGAAAAAUCUUUGAAACCCUUUACUAUGCUGCAUUAACUGCAUCUUGUGACCUUGCUGCUAAGGAGGGUCCUUAUGAGACUUACCAAGGAUCACCAGCCAGUAAAGGAAUCUUACAAUAUGAUAUGUGGGGUGUAACACCAUCUAAUCUCUGGGAUUGGGAAGCUCUAAAGAUGAAGAUCAAAGAGCACGGUCUUAGGAACAGCCUUCUUCUUGCUCCAAUGCCAACUGCUUCAACAGCACAAAUUCUUGGUAAUAAUGAAUCCAUUGAACCUUACACCAGCAACAUCUACUCUAGAAGAGUUCUGUCUGGAGAGUUUCAGAUAGUAAACCAUCACUUACUAAAGGACUUGACAGAAAUGGGUCUGUGGAAUGAUGACAUGAAGAACCAGCUUAUUGCUAACAAUGGAUCCAUUCAGAAUAUCAAGGAAAUUCCCGACGAAAUCAAACCUUUGUAUAAGACAGUGUGGGAGAUCAGCCAGAAGGUCUUGAUUGACAUGGCAGCUGACAGGGGCGCCUACAUUGACCAAAGUCAGUCAUUUAACGUCUUUAUUGCCGAACCAACAUUUGGGAAAAUGACGAGUAUGCACUUCUAUGGAUGGAAAAAGGGUCUUAAAACUGGAAUGUACUACCUGAGAAGUAAACCUGCAGCCAAUGCCAUCCAGUUUACCGUCGAUCAAGUGGCGUUGGCCAAAAAGAAGACCGCUGAGGCAAGUAACAAUUCGGCCAACACUAACAAGGCUAAAAGCGAUAAUAACGAAGAUGCAGAGAAGGCAAAAGCUGUAGAGGCUUGCAGACGUGAUAACCCAGAAGCCUGUGUAAUGUGCAGUGGUUAAUUUAUAUACGUAACUGUAAAUUAUAUUGUAUUUUGUAUAUUGAAUGUUGCUUGGAGAGAUCUAAUGAACAGAGGUAUUUUUCCAAGAAAAUAUGGUAUUUGCUACUUGAUUUGUUUGUAUAAUUUGGUCUAUUAAUGAGACAAUUGUAAUUUACGCCACUUCCACAUAAUCGUUUCACGAUUCCCCUCGAGUCGAAAUCAAAAAACACGACUGUAGAUAUUCGAAGGAAUGGAAACUGGACUUUAGAGUGAAGUGAAAGAUUUCUGAAUUAGAUGACUUAUAAAAUUGUUUGUCUAUAUUUGUAAUUAAUCUUUUAUACAAUAUUUGAUAAUAAAUGAAAAAUUACCUUUGA